AAGUAGUCUGAGUCAAUGUGUGCGUUUACACUGUGUGCGUGUUUCUGCCUAGCGUAUGAUUGUGGGUGUGUGUCUGUGUGUGGGUGUUAUUCUCUUUUUCGAUCCCGUUAUUAUUUUGCGUUCUUUAUGCUUGCGGCUCAAGGACAUUGUGUUAUGCCUAUGACAGUGCCCUAACUGGAUAGGUGCCAUUUGAUGAUGUCAAGCUUUUCACAGCUCCCCUAGCUACAGUAUUUUAGCUGGGUGUCCUUUUUAUCAAAGACAAUGCCAUUUGGGGACUAGUCAGAGUUUGUAUUUUGAGUUGGAACAAAUAAGUAUGAAUAAGUGGGGUGACUUCAUCGCCAUUACUGUCCUAUUGGAACCGAGGGUUAGAGGGUGCGGUCCUUGGUUUGGUUGUGUCAUGGACCUGGACUGUAAUUUAUGAUUUGUUCUUAUUGUUCGGAUGUACUGUAUGCUCUCUCUCGGAUGGUUAUUUCUUGCAUGCCACAGCAAGGUUUUCAGUAGCUGGAGGGAUGGUUGCAGACUGGAAACGUGUUCAACAGACCUUCAUUGUGCUCGGUUAGUUAAUGACUGAUUUUUCAUGAUUGGGUCUCUGUUUGAAGAGAGCUUGUUGAGGACCUGUUUGGCUGAAUAGUGAGGAACACACUGACCCUAAGCUGGAGGAGGCAGGAAGGGAUGCUGGGAUUGGAUGGACUUUCGCUGGUCUAUUGUUUUGAGAAGAUUGCACCACAGUGAGCGAAUGGAUGCUUUUGUGUUUUGCCCUGCGUGCAACUGGAUCUUCUAGAUGUGGCCGCCACCCCACAUAUCAUCUCUGUAUCAUGCCGGUCAGUCACACAAGGACCAGAACUGUCAUCAAUUGUAUGUGAUGCACUGGCCUCUACCUGACAGUGGAGAGACUAGAAGAGCCUUGAUUUCAGGCCUCUGACUGUGCCAGCUCCAGUGGGUGAAGCUACAUUGGGCCCCUCUCUCUGCCCGCUCAGCACUGAUGGGACAGAAUCCUGAAUCCUGGAGGAAUACUUGACGACCCCUCUUUCUUUCUCCGCUCUCCCAGGCUCCACCCUCUUUCUCUUCCUCUCCUAUUUCCUUACUCUCCUCCUCCCCCGGUCUCUUCUCUCAGCGCUGGGAUCAUUACUCAACCCCACUGAAGAAUGGAACACAGUAGCUGGCAAGGAUGAACUGGGUAUGCCUGCCAAUGUAGAAAGGGAGAUAAGAGGGAGAAAGAGAGAGUGAAAGAAAAGCGAGCGAGAGAAAGUUCAAAAACUGUGAGUGAAAGAAGAGAGGAACAUAUUAAAAAUGCCCAUGAGGGAUAACAUCGACAACUGCACUUGAGUAGUAUUAGCUAGAAGACCUCAGCAAACCUGCCUACCUGGAUGUGUGGAUCUGUAGACACACACACACACACGUCUGUCUCAGUCGCAGCAGAAGACGGCUCCUACCCUGCCCUACACUGUGGGGUGGUGUUUUCAGCGUUAUUCCCUGCCUACCUUACCUGUGUGAGGAGUGGUGGACUAAAGUGGAGAGGAAAUUCAGCUACUCUUAGAGAACAGUGGAAGCUGAUAAAAAUGCUUCUAUGUUAAACCAGCGGCCCGUAACCUUUUAUCAGGGUUUUAGUAGUGAACAGGUCACCACCACCAUGCCGGCUAAAGGGAAGUACCUGUUAAAUGACCAGGAGCUGAAACAUGAGGCCCUGUACAGGAAGUUCUCCUGUAUCAGCCAGUACCAGCCUCUGGUGCUGCUACUGGGCCUCUCCAUGCUGUCCUGCGGAGUCCUCAUCAUCCUCUUCUUCGCCCUGCACCUGAGUGCGGAGGAGCACUGUGCAUUUGUCAGCGUGGUGAGCUGCAGCCUGUGUGUGUUCCUGGCUGUGUUUGUGCUGGUGUGUACAGAGACCCUGACCCAGCGCUGGAGGAGACUGCUGGGUCUGGUGGUCUGGGCCACUCACCUCACCAUGGGAUUCACCUUCAUCUUCAGCGGACCCCUCAUCCUGCCCUGGGACCAGGUUCCCUUCUUCCUGUUCAUCAUCUUCACAGUGUACACCAUGCUGCCUUUCCAGAUGUGCUAUGCUGUGGUGCUCAGUGUGAUCUCCUCACUCUCUCACAUCAUGGUCCUCACUCUACGCCUCACUAUCUUCAACACCCAAGAUCCCAGUCCCUUUCUGGCCAAUCAGCUGCUGUCCAAUGCGGUGGUGUUUCUGUGUGGCAGUGUGGUGGGGGCCUUCCAUAAGGUCCUGAUGGAGAGAACACUAAGACAGACCUUCCAGGAUACACUCAGAUGUCUGGGCAUCCGCAUGAAGCUGGAGAUAGAAAAGAGACAACAGGAGAACCUGCUGCAGUCUGUGCUGCCGGUCUACAUCUCCAUGAAGAUGAAGCUGGCCAUCAUGGAGCGUCUGCAAGACUGCAAGGACAAAGAAGAGCAGCAACGACUCGUCAAAGACAACAACUUCCACAGUCUCUACGUCAAGAGACACGAGAACGUCAGUAUUCUGUAUGCUGACAUUGUGGGCUUCACCCGAUUGGCCAGCGACUGCUCUCCGAAGGAGCUGGUCAUCAUGCUCAACGAGCUUUUUGGGAAGUUUGACCAGAUUGCAAAGGAGAACGAGUGCAUGAGAAUCAAGAUUUUGGGAGACUGCUACUACUGUGUGUCUGGCCUGCCUGUCUCCCUGCCCAUGCAUGCCAAGAACUGUGUGAAGAUGGGUCUGGACAUGUGUGAGGCCAUAAAACGAGUGCGCGAGGCCACAGGUGUGGACAUCAACAUGAGAGUGGGCGUGCACUCCGGCAACGUGCUCUGCGGUGUGAUUGGCCUCCGCAAGUGGCAGUUUGACGUUUGGUCACAUGACGUCACCCUGGCCAAUUAUAUGGAGUCUGGAGGCUUACCUGGGCGUGUCCACAUCACUGAGGCCACCCUGAAGCACCUGAACAAGGCCUAUGAGGUAGAGGAGGGGAACGGUGGGCUAAGAGAUGCCUACCUGAAAGAGCUCAACAUACAGACAUACCUUGUCAUCGAUCCUCGGUCUAAGGACCAGGCUCUGAACAGCCGCAGCAUGCCCAAGCCGCGUGUGAAUGACGGGCUGAAGAUGCGGGCGUCAGUGAGAAUGACCCGUUACCUGGAGUCCUGGGGCGCCGUCAAACCCUUCGCCCACCUACAGAGCAGAGAGGGAUACACCACAGACACCAUGGUCAAUGGAAAAUCACGCUGCAAGGACAUCCCUCUGCGUACAGCUCACUCGAAGAUCACUGAGAGCUUUGAUGAGUCUGUAGAGGAGCCCUUCUCCUCGCCCGCCCCUCCGCUCAGCACCUAUAAGAACAAGUCCCAGAAGAGCAAGUUUGAUGAGGAGCUGCACAAUGAGAUGACCACCACCAUCGAUGAGCUCAGCAGCAAGCAGUGGGUGAAGUCUGAGGAGAUUAGCAGUCUGGCUGUGUGGUUCCCUAAGAAAGAGCUGGAGAAACAGUACCGAGCCAUUGAUCUGCCCAUGUUCAAGCACUACAUCGGCUGUGCCACCUUCAUCUUCUUCUGCAUCUUUGUGGUUCAGAUGUUUGUGACAAAAGAUUCCAAAAUGUUGGGAAUGUCAUUUGGAGUCCUGGCCUGUGUCCUCCUGUUGACCCUGGGCAUCUGUUUCGCAGGUCACCUGCAGCGGUUGUUUCCGGAGAAGUUGUCGUCCUGCCAGUGGCUGCCUGCUGUGUCUGAGGCAGUGGUCAAGAGGCCGUGUGUGCGCCUCCCUCUGGUCAUUAUCACCACUGCGGUCAUCAUCAUCCUAGCAGUCUUCAACCUGUGCUUCAUCCAGACAAAGUCACCGUGUGAUAUCAAUGGUAACCCUGAUCUGAUUCGAUCUGACAACUCCAGUGAGCAGCAUCCAGGCAGCCUGUUCUACCUGCCGUACUCUGUGUUCAGCUGUAUCCUGGCUCUCAUAGCUUGUGGAGUGUUCCUGAGGGUGAGCUUUGAGCUCAAAGUGGUCUUCCUCAUCCUGGCCUCCACAGCCUACUACAUCAUCAUCCUCAGCGCCAAGGCUGGUCUCUUCAGCUGCUAUGGACAAAUGCUUUACAACCAACUCAAUGAAAACAGAACUGAGGACUCUGGGACCAUCCUGAGAGCGUUGGGGCUGGUCAAACACCCUGAGGUGAUGAGCUGCAUAUACAUCACCUUGUUCCUGGUCACCAUGCUCAUCAUCUCACAACAGAAUGAGUCAUGCUUCCGCCAGGACUUCCUUCUGAAGAACAAGAACCGUACGGAGCAGGAUGAGAUCGAGACCAGGGAGAACCUGAACCGCCUGCUCCUGGAGAACGUGCUGCCGGCCCAUGUGGCUGCGCUGUUUGUUGGGGAGAAUAAAAAGAACGAGGUGGGAUUCCUCACAAACACUUUACUUACUGAGAAGUACAAGGAUCUGUACUACAAGUCAUAUGACUGUGUGUGUGUGAUGUUCGCCUCGGUACCGGACUUCAAAGAGUUCUACACGGAGUGUGACAUCAACAAGGAAGGUCUGGAGUGUCUGAGGCUCCUCAACGAGAUCAUAGCAGACUUUGAUGAGCUGCUGUCCAAGCCCAAAUUCAGUGGAGUUGAGAAGAUCAAGACCAUCGGAAGCACUUAUAUGGCAGCCGCAGGGCUGAGUGGCACCCCAGGACAGGAGAAUAACCAGGAUCGAGAUAGGCAGCAGGCACAGAUAGGGAACAUGGUAGAGUUUGCCAUUGCCCUCAUUGGCAAGCUGGAUGGCAUCAACAGACACUCCUUCAACAGUUUUAGGCUGCGUGUGGGCAUUAACCAUGGGCCUGUUAUUGCUGGGGUGAUUGGAGCCAGAAAACCUCAGUAUGACAUCUGGGGCAACACCGUCAACGUGGCCAGUAGGAUGGAGAGCACUGGAGAGCUGGGCAAGAUUCAGGUUCAGUACAACCUAGUAUUGUCCUUGCUAGUCUGGCUGGAGAGUAACUAUAACCACACAAAAACCAUGGCUGCAUGCAUUCAGCAUAGUAAUGUUUGUCUUGUUUCUGCUCCAGGUCACAGAGGAGACGUCAGACGUGCUCCAGAAGCUGGGCUACUCCUGCGAGUGCCGAGGCCUCAUCAACGUCAAGGGAAAAGGCGAGCUGACAACCUUCUUUGUGUGCACAGACAUGAGCAAGCAGCAGGGAAUGGGCCUGAGCUGAGGUCUACGGUGAGCACACUACUGUGUGUGGACUCUGGGCCUGGUAGCGCAUACGUGUGCUGGGUCGGUCACAGGACACAGUCUAGCAUUCAGCACAGACUAAUUACAUGACCGCACAUAAGUUAACAUUCUUAGAGUAAACCUACCGGAGCACACACAAUCCAUCCCAGUGCUUCAGUCAGCGAUGAUCCUGACCGGACAAGAUCAAGACUUGACCUUGUGGUCCUAGAGGUUAUAUUUGGGAUUAUUCGUGUUUCCAGGAAUCCCUUUGGGAGAUUCUUCAUUGGAAAUAAAUGCUUAGUGCUGCUGUUUUUUUUUUUA